GAGAGAGAGAGAGAGAGAGAGAGGAAGAGAGGGGAGGGAGGAAGCAGGCAAAGCUGUCAACUCCAGAGAGGAGAGCAGCGUUGGAGCAAAAGAAUGCCACUGGUCACUCACUGACGCUAUUAGUAAAAGAAAAUACACACUCAGUUAUUGCAGCUUUGGCAUUUUGGGGAUUUGUUCGUCCAAAUUGCGCAUCGGGGCUGAUUCCACCCGGAGUUCUCUGGUUUCCAUCCGUGCGCUCGGCUGUGGAAGGUGACGGGGCUGGGUCGGGUGCCAUGGACCCGCUGCUGCCCGCAGACACGGACACGAUGGAGCGAGAGGCGGACAAGGAUGCGAGGAGGAAGAUCCAGUUCUCCGUGCCUUCCUCCGUGCCCACCCAGCUGGACCCGCGACAGGUGGAGAUGAUCCGACGUCGAAGGCCGACACCAGCCACACUGUUCAGACUGACAGACCCACCGUCACCAGAGGAAGACAGCGGCCAACAUCAGUGGGUUCUAGGGGAAAAUGGAGCCUUGAAAGCCAAACUGGUUCAUAUGUCAACCUACCAGCCACCCUCCCUUAAAGCUGUCCAGAGGAUGGCCCAGGCCCACUUGGCCUCCCUCGACAUGAGGUCUGUGGACAGAGAAGAUUCCUCUUCUGAGGAAGAGGAGGAGCAUUGUGAUGAAAAGAAGCAGCAGACAGCCUCAGCUACAGAUCUAAAAGAAGAAUGCAAACCACUCAGAGAUCAUUGUGGUUGGCUGGGCAGUUCAACAGUGAGCAGUGAUCUCAGUCAUCACCAAGAAGAAGCAGAAAAGGCCAAAGAAAGAGCGGAGGGGAAAGGAGAAUGACCAAAAUAGAGGGCUCUGAUAGAGACAGAGUGUUAGUGGAAAUCCAUUUGCAUUGCACACGUAUGGACCAUGCGUGUGCAUGUGUGGGUGUACGAAUGAGUGUGUUUUUGGGAUCUGUGUGUGUGCAUGUAUGCAACAAAAGAGAUGGAUGUGGAAAAAAGAGAGAGAGAGGAGGGUCAGAAUAUUAAUGAGCAGGUAGAAGGAAAAGUUUAACUUGAGACUUGUGAAGGGAAUCACGUCUCAGUCAGCCAAAGAAGCCAGGGCUAAAUUCUAAUCAGCCAAGGACACUGCACAAGAGAUAUAGAAACUGCUAAGGACUGGGGUGUUUCUACAAGCAAAAAAAAAAAAAAAAGUUUAUGAACCUCCACCAAGAUUUACAAGGAUUCUGAGACUAAUGUUAGAUGUUCAAUUUAAAUAAUUCAUGUCAUGAAUCAUCACCUGUUACAAAGUAUAAUAAAGAGAAAAUUGCAGCUUAUACUUUAUUUUAUUGUUCAAAGAUUGCAUUGUAUGUGUAAUAUCAUUGUGACAAUGUUGUUGCUGCAACAAGGGCUGACAUGCAGGAACAGGUUGUCAUUUUAGGGUGCAUCACAGGAAUUGUGAAUGAGGUCCUAGGUGAGUGCAGUACACAGAUAUGAGAUACUGUUUUAAAUGAUAAACUACAUAAUGACAUAAAUAUACAACCAACCCUCACUGGAAUGUAACUCAGGACCUGCAGAGCUUCUUCCAAAGUUAUCUAUAACUGAAGUUUGCUCUUCAGUUUGCUUUCCUCAGUCUUUUGGAUGUUUGCGUGCAAGGUCGAGGAGAUCAAAGGAGGGUGGAUUACAGACGAUUUGAGCACAGUCACGGCCACAGUAGGCCAGAUUAUACCAUAUCAAACUAAUCCAACUAAUCAUGAUAAUGCAGCGCAAUUUUUUCUGGUUUCGAAUUAUGAGCAGGCUUUUUGUAACAUGGCGAUUAGCAGGCAUGAUCUGUUUGGGAUGGCACACAUGAUGGGCGGAAGGACCUACCUUUUAUUUUUAAAAACGUACAUAUAUAUGUGUGUAUAUAUAUGUA